GGACCAGUGCCACUUUGCCAUCAGAUAUUAUACCGUACUUUUUAUUACACUUACAUAUGGACCUUUCCCCUAAUUUAUUUCUAUUUUCGACCACCCAUCGCUUUCCCAUUUCCCUCAUCUUCUUCGCCUCUUCCAUUGAACAGCAAAAAAGAUUGUACUCACAGAAGAUUUAAUUGUACACUCACAGUUAUCGUCACCAUGGGUGAAGAAGUAGUUACAAAGCUUACCGACUAUGAUUCUAACGGCGUUAACGAUGACAGACUUCUCUGGGAAGCUGGACUUCCCAGCGCCGAUGAUCUAACGCCGUUGACUUUGCAGUUAAUUCCGUCGGAACUUGCUCAUGCGUUCAGAAUCUCGCCGGAAUCAUCAAAGACUAUGAACGAUGUGAAUCGCGCUUCGCAGAAUACGUUUGCUUCUCUACAGAGAUGGCACUCACAGGAUAUGGCUUCAAUGAAUAGAGAAGAAACUGUAACGGAAAGAGAUGAAACGGAUCUGGUAAGACAAGGAUCCGACCCGAAGAAGCUUCGAAGAGUUGAAUCUGGAGGAACUGAUGAGGCGGCUGAUGCUGAUUCUGCCUUGUGUAGCGAGAAAUUUGAGACUGUAAAGCGGCCUAGGCUUGUGUGGACGCCGCAGUUACAUAAGCGUUUUAUUGAAGUGGUAGCGCAUUUAGGUAUUAAAAAUGCGGUGCCAAAGACGAUUAUGCAGCUUAUGAAUGUGGGAGGAUUGACACGAGAAAAUGUUGCAAGUCAUUUACAGAAGUACAGAUUGUUUACGAAGAGAAUGCAGUCGAACGAGGAGCCUUCUUCGUCGCCUGAUCAUUUGUGUACUUCCAGGGGGGCGACGCCUCAGAGUUUGCGUGAGUCUAGUGAGAGUUGUCACCCGCACAAUACUAAUGGUCAUAUGGGAAUGCCAACUAUGAUGCCGUACCAACCGCAAAUGAUGCCGAUGCCAAUGAUGAUGGGAAUGACAAAUGGAGGACAUGUAGGCAUGCCUGUUGGUUACGCAGGUGGACCGCCAGCUGGAUUUCAUCAUCCGUAUAAUUUUGGUUACUAUCAUCCUGUUGCUUCCAAUGAUAAUUAGCUCUAGAAAGCUGGGCGCAGACCUGAAGAUGUCAUUUGAUCAUGGAAGAAUGAUGGCAGAUAUCAUGAGUUGUUCUCUGGUAAAAUCUGGGACAAAUUUGAGAUGGACAGCAGAAAGACUGUUUAAUUAAGAUGCAUUUUAGUGGUCUUCUUUCUGAAGUUUGUUUCGUACAGAGGCAGCAAAUUGGUUGUAGUAUAACAUCAACCUGUCCUUUGAAUAAUAAAUGGCGUGAAAUUUUUCUAGUAAUGGGUGUGUGGAACCUUUAUUUCCAGACUCAGUAAUACAAAACGUUGUCAGCCGCCCCUACAGAUUUUGGGUAUUUUGAUCUUCAUCCUUUUCUCCCUACUAUAUGGGCUUUAUCUUCUUCAUAUUUGUUGCAUAUAUUUCUUCAUCUCAUCUACAUUUGCGACUGAAGUAAUAUGGGAUUAAUCUGUGAGAACUAUUGAUGACUUUGCUGGUUCCAUUAGUCCUGCUUUGGAGCUUCUAUUAUGACAGAUGUCUUUCCGUACAUUGGUUAUUCGUAUGUAUAUGUGUACUAUGCUUGUAUGAACUAUCAUUUAGUCAAUGCGUCUGGUUUGCACUUUUUCCCCUCUCAAACAAUACUGAGUAGGUAAAAUUCAGCAGCCCUAUCCCGCUGAUGUAAGAUUCUGUUUAUACUCUUUAUCUUGUGUAUUCAAGAGUUUGAAAUUAACUUCGGCAGCUCAAGUUGUAUUUACUUUGUUAUUCUUUGAAUAAUAUUUGGUGAAAUCGUUUGUUCUCAA